UUUCUUUGUCUUUCUAAACGUCUACACUACCAAGAUCAUCCCGGUAAUGUCAAGGUCACAAGCACCACAACAUGGCACUCAGUGGAAGAGUUUUAGUGUAUGGUGGUAAAGGAGCUCUUGGAUCAGUGAUUGUAUCGUCAUUCAAAGCAAAAAAUUAUUGGGUGGGCUCCAUUGAUCUAGCACCCAACGAGCAGGCAGAUGGCAAUGUUGUUGUUAAGUCCGGAGACUCGUGGACAGAGCAGGAAGAGGACAUUGCUAAGGGCGUUGAGAUGUUGCUAGGAGACCACAAACUGGACGCUGUGCUGUGCGUGGCAGGGGGCUGGGCUGGGGGGAAUGCUGCUAGCAAGGAAUUCAUCAAGAAUGCAGAUGCGAUGUGGAAACAGAGUGUCUGGACAUCAGCGAUUGCGGCCAGUCUUGCAGCCAAACAUCUCAGAGAGGGAGGCCUGGUUACACUUCCAGGGGCUCAGCCUGCCAUUGCAGGAACACCAGGAAUGAUUGGGUAUGGGAUGGCAAAGGCUGCAGUCCACCAGUUGGUGAAGAGCUUGGCAGCAGAGAACAGUGGCCUUCCUGCUAACAGCGCGGCACUGGCUAUGCUACCUGUGACCCUGGAUACGCCCAUGAACAGGAAGUGGAUGCCGAAUGCUGACCAUUCCUCCUGGACCCCCCUGGAGUUUGUGUCUGAGACAUUCCAUAAGUGGAUCAAUAAUGAGGGUCGACCAGACAGUGGCAGUUUAGUGCAGUUUAUUACUAAGGACAGUAAAACAGAACUGGUCAUCGCUUAAACACCCCUUCCCCCUACUCCUAGUUGGAAGCAGUAGAAUCUUCCAUUACAUGUGGAUGCAAUAAAAGCUAUAGCAUGACAUACCAAAAACUGACUUUAUGGCAAAUACAUAUUGUAACAGAUGCAUGAAUGUGUGUAUAAUCCUGAGAUUAUUGUACUGUAUACUAGUCAUUUGGCAUAUUACAUCAAGUAAUUA